AUGGGGACGGGACAGAAAGACGGAGGAUGGGACAGAAAGACGGAGGAUGGGACAGAAAGACGGAGGACGGGACAGAAAGACGGAGACGGGACAGAAAGACGAGGACGGGACAGAAAGACGGAGGACGGGACAGAGACGGAGGAUGGACAGAAAGACGGGAGGAUGGGACAGAAAGACGGAGGAUGGGACAGAAAGACGGAGGAUGGGACAGAAAGACGGAGGAUGGGACAGAAAGACGGAGGACGGGAACAGAAAGACGGAGGACGGGACAGAAAGACGGAGGAUGGGACAGAAAGACGGAGGACGGGACAGAAAGACGGAGGAUGGGACAGAAAACGGAGGAUGGGACAGAAAGACGGAGGAUGGGACAGAAAGACGGAGGACGGGACAGAAAGACGGAGGACGGGACAGAAAGACGGAGGAUGGGACAGAAAGACGGAGGACGGGACAGAAAGACGGAGGACGGGACAGAAAGACGGAGGAUGGGACAGAAAACGGAGGAUGGGACAGAAAGACGGAGGGACGGACAGAAAGACGGAGGAUGGGACAGAAAGACGGAGGACGGGACAGAAAGACGGAGGACGGGACAGAAAGACGGAGGACGGGACAGAAAGACGGAGGACGGGACAGAAAGACGGAGGACGGGACAGAAAGACGGAGGAUGGGACAGAAAGACGGAGGAUGGACAGAAAGACGGAGGACGGAAGAAAGAGGACGGACAGAAAGACGGAGACGGGACAGAAAGACGGAGGACGGGACAGAAAGACGGAGGACGGGACAGAAAGACGGAGGACGGGACAGAAAGACGGAGGAUGGGACAGAAAGACGGAGGAUGGGACAGAAAGACGGAGGACGGGACAGAAAGACGGAGGACGGGACAGAAAGACGGAGGAUGGGACAGAAAGACGGAGGAUGGGACAGAAAGACGGAGGACGGGACAGAAGACGGAGGAUGGGACAGAAAGACGGAGGACGGGACAGAAAGACGGAGGAUGGGACAGAAAGACGGAGGAUGGGACAGGAGAUACAAGGGUCACAUAUUUAG